AUGGACCUGAACCUAGACCUGGGUCUCGAACCGGAACCGGCGGUUCGAGCCGAACCGGCCCGGCUUUUUUCAUGCAACUACUGCCAACGCAAGUUCCACAGCUCGCAGGCGCUGGGCGGGCACCAGAACGCGCACAAGCUCGAGCGGAGCCUCGCGAAGCGGAGCCAAGCGCUGGCCGUGUCCGGGUCGAGCCGGCCGGGGACCGGGGCCGGCCGGUUCGGUUCGGCCGGGUUCGACAGCGACCGCAGGGGUUGGGCGUGGGUCGGGAGGAUGCAUGGUUUUGUUGGUCACGUUGACGUCGCGGUUGACAAGGGUGAGCUCGCCGAUGAGAUCGACUUGUCUCUUAGGCUAUGA